UCCUCCCCCUACGGACGGGCUGCGCUUUUCUUCCACUUGAACAACCAAGUAGUUUUUCAGGGCGCAUUCCCCGGCAGCAAUGUGGAGGGAAAGGGCGACCACGUCCAGUUGAACAUUUUCAGAUACUUUUACAUCCGGUUACAUUGCUGUUUUAUAAAACAUUGUUCGGAAAAAAAAAAAAAAACAGCGAUCGCUGGUUCUUUGCGAGGAAAAGAAGCGAGUGAGAAGUGAAGGAAACUGCAGCCUGACCGUCUCGUGUUUUUCUUUUUUCUUUUUUAAACGCGAACCAUUGUUUUCUCACACAUGGAUAUUAGGAGAUGAAAUCGGACGUGUUUCCUGCUCUUGAGUAACCCUCUCGGUCGCCUGGACGGUAGUUUAUGUGGUAUCCGGGCUCUGUAGGAGGAGGAGAGAGAGUCCCAUUCCUCAGCAGCACAACAAGGACAGACACACAGGGGCCACAAGUUGUCCACAAGCUGCGACGGAGACCAAACUUUGCCAAGUUUCUGCGCAUCCGGCCGCCGACGCCAAAUAUCCAUCAAUAUUUUGCAACUCUGUCGUAACUUUAACUGUGGAUUAUUAUCGCAAGGCUCGUCAUGGACCGCGGGAGCACGUUCAGAGGAUGAUAAGGGUUUUUUGAAACAUGAACAAUUUAUUGUAGUUAGUUUACUACUCCAGUGACACGUUUGGACUAUACGCUGAUCUUUUUUUUUAAAACAAAAAGUCAAUAGUUAUUGCCAUUGUUUUCGCCCUCUCCUCGAUACUAUCUAUUCUGCAAAAAUGCCACAGUUGAACGGAGGUGGUGGGGAUGAUUUGGGGGCCAAUGAUGAGAUGAUAUCUUUUAAAGACGAAGGCGAGCAAGAGGAGAAGAUAUCCGAAAAUGUGUCAGCGGACAGGGAUUUGGAUGAUGUGAAGUCCUCCUUAGUGAACGAGUCAGAAAACAACAGCAGCUCAUCCGACUCGGAGCAAGCAGAGAGGCGCCCCCAAACAAGACCCGACUUAGAAAGUUAUGAGAAAGCAAGAGACUACUUCAACGAAGCGUUGAGGAGACAGCAAGAUGGUGGCUUUUUUAAGAGUCCUCACUAUCCUGGCUACCCGUUUCUCAUGAUCCCAGACCUCACCAAUCCUUACCUAUCAAACGGUUCACUGUCUCCGAGUGCAAGAACAUACCUGCAGAUGAAAUGGCCUCUUUUGGACGUUCCUGGAUCUGCAGGACUAAAAGACUCCCGUUCUCCAACUCCGGGGCAUUUAUCCAAUAAAGUCCCAGUGGUGCAGCAUGCCCACCAUGUCCACCCACUGACACCCCUCAUCACCUACAGCAAUGAACACUUCUCCCCCGGCACGCCGCCAUCACACCUUUCCCCGGAGAUCCUCGACCCAAAGACAGGUAUUCCUCGGACACCUCACCCGUCAGAGCUCUCUCCAUACUACCCGCUGUCUCCUGGUGCUGUUGGUUCCAUCGCACACCCUCUGGGCUGGUUCAUGCAACAGCAGGGCCAGCCCAUGUACUCCAUCCCUCCGGGGGGAUUCCGUCACCCCUAUCCAGCGCUAGCAAUGAAUGCAUCCAUGUCCAGCUUGGUGUCCAGCCGUUUCUCCCCUCACAUGGUGACUUCUCCGCACGGCCUCCACCAGACCGGCAUUCCCCAUCCCGCCAUCGUCUCCCCGGCUAUCAAACAGGAGCCCAGUGACAUGAGCCCCUCAAUGCACGCCAGGAAAUCCCCCGUUCCUCCUAAAAAAGAAGAGGACAAGAGGCCUCAUAUCAAGAAACCUCUGAAUGCUUUCAUGCUGUAUAUGAAGGAGAUGAGAGCCAAAGUAGUGGCAGAGUGCACUCUGAAAGAGAGCGCUGCCAUCAACCAGAUCCUUGGAAGACGGUGGCAUUCCCUGUCAAGAGAGGAACAAGCCAAAUACUAUGAGCUGGCCAGAAAAGAGAGGCAACUCCACUCUCAGCUCUACCCAGGGUGGUCAGCAAGGGAUAACUAUGGAAAGAGGAAAAAGAGGAAGAGGGACAAUAAACCCGACUCGAAACCAGAAGACUUCUCGAUAAGAAACAAGAAGCAGUGCGUGCAGUACCUGCCCUCGGACAAGAUGUGCGACAGCCCUGCGUCGUCCCAUGGCAGCAUGCUUGACUCACCGGCCACUCCCUCUGCAGCCUUGGCCUCCCCGGCUGCUCCUGCCGCCACUCACUCCGAGCAGGCCCAGCCGUUAUCGCUCACCACCAAACCGGAGGGACGCAUGCACCACCACUUCUCCCAUUCUGAGAAGGCUUCUGGAUCCACAUCCUCUUCUUCUUCAUCCUCCUCCUCUUCCUCCUCCUCCUCCCAUACCCACCUCUCAAUCCCACAUGGUACUUCAGGUAGCCAGUCGACCACACCCAUCCUCACCCGGCCAAUCCCCUUCACCUCUCUGCACCCAUCCAUGCUUUCCCCCCCUUCCCCUUUCCAUCAGGCAGCCCUUCACUCCCAUCAUGCCCUGUUCCAGUCGCAGCCCCUCUCCUUGGUUACCAAACCAACUCAAUGAAUUCGCAAAGGCAAUUUUCUCCCAUUUAUUGUGCUGUAUAUUGCUUUUCUUUAAAAUAGGUAUUAGAACAGCUUUUUUUCUAAAUAAUGAAAAGGAAGAAAUAUUAUUGGUCAAUAUUUGACUAUCUCCUUUUCUACAACUCUGAAUGAAAACAAAAUGUAUUUUUUGUAAAGUUUACUGCAGAACUGGUUUUUUUUUGAUGCAUUUAUCCAAUGAACCUCUUGUAUAAAAGAACCAAUGUACAUAAAGUUUCUUUAUAAAAACAAAAAGGAACAAAAACACGUUUUCUUUUUAGCCACAACCUGAUUAAUGUUAGUAUUAAGUUGAAGUCAUAGUACUGGCCAAUAAUUGCAGCCCCCUUUUCAAUUCACGAGUGUGUGCCCCUUUCUUCGACAUGUUAAAUAAACAUUUGAAGUUGUUUCUUAAAA